UGGAAUGUUUUUAGGCAGCGAGAUGAACGUCGAGCGCGGUGUCCGUGGCGUUGGUGGCGCGGGUGGUGCGGUGGCGCGCGCCCAGGGGAUGCAGGCCGGGCCGGUGGUAGCCGGGCGGCCGCGCCGGCUUCUCGGGCUCAGUGUCGCUCUGAUCGCGGCGCGCGUUGGUCGUGCGUCGAGCGCGCGUGGAGUGAUGUCUGCGAGAUGAGGCUGCCGCUGGUGCUACUGUGGCUGGGCGCGGCGACGGCGUGCGGGCCGGGCCGCGGCUUCACCCGCCGCCACGGACCGCGCCGCAUCACGCCGCUCGUCUUCAACCAGCACGACCCUAACAUCGGCGAGAACUCCAAGUCCGCCAGCGGGCCCCCCGAGGGCCGCAUCACCAGGGACGACGAAAAGUUCAGAGACUUAGUGCCCAACUACAACCCGGACAUCGACUUCAGGGACGACGAGGGCACAGGCGCCGACCGUCUCAUGACACAGCGUUGCAAAGAGAAGCUGAACACGCUGGCUAUAAGCGUGAUGAACCAGUGGCCGGGCGUGCGGCUGCGGGUGAUCGAAGGCUGGGAUGAGGAGAAUUCACACCAGGAGCAUUCGCUGCACUACGAGGGGCGAGCCGUGGAUCUCACGACCAGCGACCGCGACAGCAGCAAGUACGGCAUGUUGGCGCGACUCGCCGUCGAAGCCGGCUUCGACUGGGUCUACUAUGAGAGUCGCUCCUACAUACACUGUUCUGUUAAAACAGAAUCGUCAGUGGGUACAGGCGCCGGGUGCUUUCCCUCUGGCGCGAUUGUGUACACGGAGAGCGGGCCGCGAGACAUCGACUCUCUCAAGAAAGGAGACCGCGUGCUCGCCGCGGCAGACGACGGCAAGAUGAUAUAUUCAGAGGUCUUGACGUUUAUAGAUCGAGAUCCAAACGCAACGAGGCAGUUUAUGGAAAUUACUGCCGAAAAUGGUGUGACCAUAACCACGACACCAUCGCAUCUGUUGCUGCUAGCGGCCGCAGACGGCUGGCGAGAGUCCUUUGCCGUUAACAUUAAACUAGGCGACGUUCUACUCACGAGGGGAACGGGAAGUGUGAUGAGACCGUCAAGGGUGGUUCACACGAAAAUGGUGAAGAGACGGGGAGUGUUCGCGCCCCUCACUAAAGCGGGCACUAUCAUAGUUGAUGAUGCUUUGGCGUCGUGUUAUGCACUCGUCAGCAGUCAUUCGCUAGCACACGCCGCGAUGGCGCCCCUGCGAUGGAUGGCCAGUUGGAGCAAAUCCGAAGAGAUGCCGCGCGGCGUACAUUGGUACGCCAACGCUCUGUACUCCUUUGGAGAUUACGUCUUGCCUUCAACAUAUAAAUAUCGUUAGUGACGUGCCAGUGCGGCGACCGUUUAAAACAAUAUAUUGCGCGCGGGACGUGCCUUUGACGGAUUAUGUAAAUAGUAUCCAAGUGUAAAUACGACGCGAACUGAAUGUGUAAAUAGGCUCUCAAUAAUGCAAUUAUUAGUCUGCUGCAUAGGACGCCUCGACUACGUUUAUCGUAUUAACCCAUUGAAAUUGUAUUUAUGAAGUAGUGUAAGAGACAUAUUUUUGCGGAUUGCAGUUGACUUUCGUAUAUUUGUAAAUUGUGUCGGUGUUGUUAUUCUGCACAAUGCAGAAAUACUUAAAUGUAUGCGCUUAUGUUUUGUUUAUAAGUAUAGUUGUAUGAUACUAUUUAAUAUUGUUUAUCUUACUUAAGUGGCUCUGAUUAUAUCUUAUUUCUCUCUUGACACUAAAGUUUACUCGUGUCCGUGUUCUACGAUUGUAACUAGACAUUCCAUGCCUCUAAUCUUUUACGUACUAACAUUCUACAUGUGUAAAAUAUAAUGAAAUUGUGAUCUUGGUACCUAAUACAGUGCCUUAAGAUUUUAUUUAUUGUUAUUAUUGUAGGCUAGUUAUCUAUUUAAAAAAUGACGAUGUGAAGAUUGCUUCGAUGUAACAUACAUUUAACUUAUUCUGCUUUAUUUUCUACUUUCUUUUAUUAAUAAUAUUUUUAUUUAUUACUUCUUUACUUUUACUUUAAGAUGUCAUUUAUUUAUUCGUAUAUAGUUAGAAAUGCAUUCGAGGAGAUUUGAGUUUUUCUGAAGUAAUGAAUACUGUUGAAGAGUAGUUCGUUUCGAAAUUGUAAAUUUAAACUGACACAGUAAAAGAAAUGUUGUAAAUGUAUUAAGUGACUUAAGUGCCAAUAAUUAUAAGGUAUAACAAUUUAUUGAAACAAUAGUAUAAAAUACAUAAUAUUAUAGAUAAUAAACCAGUUUUAAACAAUUAUUUUGGACUUCGUCUGAUAAACAUUAUCAACCGAUAGUUUAAAGUUUUGCAAUUUGACUGAAUAAGGCCCUGUCCCACCAAAUUGUAUAUUGUCUGAUAACAAUCCAACGUCUAAAAUAUGUGAUUGAAAUAUCGGAUUUGUUUCCCUUAGCUGACAGUGACAUCAUUUUUUAGCUAUCUGAGCGUCUAUCAGCCAGUGGUGGGACAGGUCCUAAAUAUUAUAAAAGCUAUAUGUACCUUGCUUGUAAUUUGUGGCCAUAAUUAUUAUACUUAACAAAUGUAAACAUUUUCCUCGUCAAGUAUUAAAUCAGCCAGUGAUCGUCAAAAUGAUCUUGAACUGAAGACAGUGUUCCUAUAUGAAUUUAUUACAAAAGUCUUGGUUUAUUUUAGCUGUAUUUUGUAGCAAAAUAGUUGUUUAGAGUUUAACAUAUACAAAAUAUCAAAUAUUACUAAAACUACAGUAAUUUUAACGGUAUAAAUUCCGUUUGAUAACAGUUUAUAUUAAAAAUAAGUGUUUUUAUAUGCAAUCUGUCCAUGUUCUAAAUAUAUAGAAACUUACUCCAAAUGUUAACUCCUCCUUUGGCCAUGUAAUAAAUGUAAAAAAAAAGAAUAACGUAAUACGUAUGUAAUUUUGUAUACGCAUAGCUUUAUAUUGUAUAAAA